AUGGCGGUAAAAGCCCAUGAGAAGACAAACUGUGUCGUGAUGUUUGUAGAGGAAGCUGAGCAAUGGGCAUUAGAUUGGGAUAGCAAGGCUCGUAACAAGGGAUUCGUGAAGCCCGUUUUUUUCGGUAUUCCAGUUAGUCUGAAGGAAUGUGUGCCGCUCGAAGGUUACGAUCAAACCCGUGGAUUUGUGCAGGAUGUGAAUUCACCGACUAAGGUUGAUUCUGUUUUAGUAGAACAAAUAAAGAACUUAGGAAUGAUACCGUUCGUACAGACCAAUGUACCGCAAUCGCUUCUGUCAUACUGUUGCUCAAAUCCUGUCUACGGCACUACUACUCAUCCGUUGGAUGAGACGCGAACUCCCGGUGGUUCAUCUGGUGGCGAGGCUGCUCUUAUAGCUGCAGACGGAUCGAUAAUAGGUAUUGGUGGUGAUGUUGGAGGUUCGAUUAGGAUGCCGUGUCAUUUCACAGGAAUCGCUGGUAUAAAGCCAUCGCAUUUACGAUUUUCGCAUCGAGGGGUCUGUGGAUCAGUUCCUGGUCGGCCAUUGAUCAAUUCGAGUGACGGCCCAAUGACAAAGGAUAUCGAAACCACAGUGGAAUUUCUUAGACAAGAUCCCUACGUGCCACCAGUGAUCUGGAAUGAGAAACUUUACGCAAAAGGAACCAAGUAUCGAAUUGGUUACUAUAGAGCAGUACUGGAGUCGAAAAUCCAUUUGGAAACCGCUGGUCACACUUUGGUUCCAUUUCAUCCUCCAUCCAUUCCUACGAUUAUGCGUUAUUUCCUGAGUGCAGUUACUGUGGACGGAGGGCGAUUUUUACUCAACAAAUUCUUUAAUGUGAGUAUAAAACGACAACACGAUAACUGUUCACUUCAAUAG